CUAGAAUCUCUCUUUAACAUAUCUCAACGUGGUAUAACUUAAAUUGUGUCCAGAAUACUCUGACCACUGGCCCUAGAAAGAGCCCAAUAGGUAAAUUACACAAUGGCUGACAACACUAGCGACCUGCUCGCCCCGAGGAACCUCGCGGGCAAGACCGUCAUCAUAACAGGUGGGGCAAAUGGUAUAGGAGCCGAGACUGUACGGCUGUUCAACUCACAUGGAGCGAAUACUGUUAUUGCCGACCUUGAACGGACUCGAGCUGAGGCUGAAUCAGUUAUUCGGUCAUUGCAGCAGCCUACCUCUGCCUUAUUCAUCAGUGUUAACAUUCUUAUCUGGGAUGAAAUGAAAGCCCUUUUCUCUCAAUGCAUAAAACAUUUCGGCAGAAUCGACAUCGUUGUAGCCAACGCUGGUAUAAUGGAGAGUCAAAGUCUUUUUGAUGUUGCAACGGUCGACGAGCAGGGAGAGCUACGCGAAUCGACUGAGGGAUUUUGCGUAAUUGACGUUAACCUCAAAGGGACCAUUAACACGUUACGACUCGCUCUCCACCACAUGCGGCAUAACCAACCAAUUUCACCUGGUGGUUUGAGAGGAUCUGUGGUUCUCGUUACUUCAACAUCAGCAUACUUUGGAACGACUGGUGUAGGGGCAUACAUCACAUCUAAGCAUGGACUCACCGGCCUACUACGAGUGUCACAGAAAGUUGCUCGAGAUUUAGGCAUCGGAGUCAAUGCUGUUGCUCCGUUCUUCACGCCAACGCCUACGUUCAGAGAGUUGGCUGAGAAGUGGAAAGAUUCAGGCCUAAAGUCGAAUACACCAAGAGACGUCGCACGGGCUAUUGCUCUCAUCUGUACACAGAGUGAGACGGGAAAAUGCUAUAUGAUUGUUGCUCGAAAGUCAGUAGAAGUCGAAGAUAGCAGAAACGCGCUUCUUGAACAAUGGCUUGGACUUGAGACUACCGAGCUAUUACAGUCUGCUAGUAUACUCUUCGAGGCUAAUGGCUACCCAUUGCCCAGCAGGCAUGAAUAA